AUGGCUUUUACACUGGAAGAGAGGCUGCAGCUGGGAAUUCAUGGUCUCCUUCCUCCUUGUUUCCUGAGCCAAGAUGUUCAAGUCCUUCGUGUCAUGAAGAACUAUGAGAACAAGUCUAACGAUCUUGACAAGUACAUUGUUCUUAUGACAUUACAAGACAGGAACGAGAAGCUUUUUUAUCGAGUGCUGACCUCUGACAUCGAGAGAUUCAUGCCCAUCGUUUACACCCCAACGGUUGGCCUGGCUUGUCAGCAGUAUGGUUUGGCUUUCAGGAGACCACGGGGGUUGUUUAUCACCAUCCAUGACAAAGGCCAUAUUGCAACAAUGCUAGACUCUUGGCCUGAAGAGAAUAUUAAGGCUAUUGUGGUGACAGAUGGCGAGAGGAUUCUCGGUUUAGGAGACCUGGGAAGUUACGGCAUGGGUAUCCCAGUGGGGAAGCUUGCUUUGUACACAGCUUGCGGUGGAGUUCACCCACAACAGUGUCUCCCUGUCCUGCUGGAUGUUGGCACAGACAACGAGGCUCUCCUGAGUGAUCCGCUCUAUAUUGGACUGAAACACAAGCGGGUUCGUGGGAAACAGUACGACGAACUGAUUGAUGAGUUUAUGCAGGCAGUUACCGACAAGUAA